GGGGCAGUGCCGGGGCUACUGGAUAAUGUGUUUGUCUUCGUGAAAGCCGUCAGAGCCUCCUGUUGCCCGUCCUGAGUGCACAGAGCCGCCCGGCUAAGGGCAGGUCGAAGACCGGUACUGAGUUACAGGCAGCCCAUGCUGCUUCCUGUGACACUACUGCGCGCACAAAGUGGAGAUUUUUUUAUUUUAUUUGUACAAGUAUUUGGGGUAGAAUAGCCUACAGUGUGGGAGUGUUACACACUCGCAGCUUCUCAUUUGGUUCAAAUGUACUCAAAACAGUACAGGAAGUGCAACUUCAUAAUUUUAAAGAUUUAUAACAAGUAACAAAGGGCUCAGUUAACAAACAUCUAUUACUAUGUCCAACCCCCUCAAGCAAGUGUUUAACAAGGACAGAACAUUCCGUCCCAAGCGAAAAUUUGAGCCCGGCACACAACGUUUUGAGUUGCAUAAGAAAGCCCAAGCAUCCCUCAAUGCUGGAUUAGACUUGAAGUUGGCCGUCCAGCUACCACAUGGGGAGGACCAGAAUGAUUGGGUGGCUGUACAUGUUGUGGAUUUUUUCAAUCGCAUCAACUUAAUUUAUGGUACCAUCAGUGACAGUUGCACUGAGCAGUCCUGUCCAGUUAUGUCUGGUGGUCCAAAAUAUGAGUACAGAUGGCAAGAUGAAAACCGAUAUAGAAAACCCACACCUCUCUCUGCUCCAAAAUACAUGAAUCUCUUGAUGGACUGGAUUGAAGUUCAAAUUAACAAUGAAGACAUAUUCCCUACAAACAUUGGUACUCCCUUCCCAAAGAAUUUCCUACAGGUUGUGAAAAAAAUACUGUCCAGACUUUUUCGGGUAUUUGUUCAUGUCUACAUCCAUCACUUCGAUAGAAUCAUCCAAAUGGGAGCAGAGGCUCAUGUGAAUACCUGCUACAAACACUUUUAUUACUUCGUCACAGAGUUUAAUCUGAUUGACACCAAAGAGCUAGAGCCACUGAAAGAAAUGACAUUGAGAAUGUGCCACUGAGAGGGGAACGUCUCCUAUUUCACAUUUACACCUCUUGCUGCCUAUGGAGCCUGUCAGUCAACUGCUGAGUUUUACACCUCUGCCACUAGAGGGUCAUGUGGGAGAAGAGACUGCAGCCUUUUUAUGAUGCAUAGAUUGCUGUAUGUGACUUAUUUUUUUAUUUUAAAUCUAUUUUUGAUAGCUCACACAUCUUUCAAGCUGUGAUCAUUUCUAACACCCUUCUUUAAAAUUUUUACAUUUUCCAUACCUCUAGAUUUUAUUUUUGUAACUCUGUAUUUUAAACUUGAUUUAGAUUGCUCACUCCACAUGCAAUAAUUCCACUCAGGUUCUCAUCCCUACAUUUAAGUUUUUUACUUCUAUAACGUGUGGUCACUGCCAGUUGGACUUGUCACUUUGUCUACUUCUAUGUUUGGUCUCUACCUGAAAGAUAAAGAUCCUUUUAUUUAAUUAAAGUGUUUCUCUGUAGAAA